GAUCGGAAAGAUUCCUUCUGUGGGCUUGCAUCAUGGAGACCAGCAGUCAAUCCAGCAGUCAACAGAUUUUGUGGAAAGAUGUUGAGGUGGGAAAGGAGAAGAAGGCCAAGUACCACACCUACCAGCGAGUGGCUCUGGUUCUGGCUCUGGUCUUCCUCGUUUUGGCUCUCUGCAUUUUCAGCCUGAGAUAUCUGUGGAGCCCCAGUCUGGGGAAGGUGUAUGACCAUCAGUACAAAGCUGUGUUGGAUGGCAUAGAAACAGAGAGUAUGAUGGAGAUUGACCCAGGUCAGCGCAUUGAGAUCUUCAGAAUGGGAAACGGGAGCAACGAAGUUCUCGAGGUGCACGACUUUAAAAAUGGAAUCACUGGGAUCCGGUUUGCCGAACAUCAGAGGUGCUACAUCAGGACCCAAACUAGGAAACUACCAACAGAGGCAGAGGUGGAGGCUGAGGACACAGAGUUACUGCAGGUGGAUGAGACUGAGGCCAUGGAUAUGAAGGUGGAUGACUCCCAAGUGUGGGUUCCUGCCGAGGAGCCCAUCGUUAACUCAGCCUUCCUCUUUGACUCCAAGAUCUGGGAGAUUUGCCAGGAGCUGCCCAUUCACUGGAUCCAUCCCUCCCUUCUGAGCGAUGCUGAGGUGGAGAACGUGGACGCACCCGACACAGAGGUCACAGGUCAGCGUUUCACCCGCGAUGUCCUGGACCAUGUUCCUGUAAAUGACUAUAGAGAUGUCGGAAUCGAGCUGGAUAACCGUCUGGAUGACCGGGGCUACUGCUGCCAGCACUGUCGCCGUGGUUACCGCUACUGCCGCCGCUACCACGAGCCCCUGGGUGGCUUCAACCCAUGGCCAUAUUACUACCAAGGAGGCCGGGUCAUCUGUCAGGUUGUCAUGCCGUGCAACUGGUGGAUUGCCCGUAUGCUGGGGAGGAUCUGAGGAGGGCGUGUGCUGUCUGGGAUUUAAACUGUUUAUGUCGUUGCAAAGGUGCAAAUUCUCCCUUUGAUAAAUAUUCCAGAGCACUUGUUUGUGAGACCAAAGCAGUCCAUUGCACACAGUUAUUAACCAAUCUGAAAGUUGGCCCAUUGAGAUUUAGUCAGUCGAAACAGUCUAAAUGCCAUUUGAAGCAUUUUGAUUCUUUCUUAAAAGGCAGUGGUUGUUUACAGCUGUCUAAUUUUCUUCGCUUAUCUACCCAUUUAGUAUCCUUGCUGUUUGAUCCUGUUGAAUGGGUGCAAUUCAGUUUGGAAGAUGUCACAAGAAGUUUAUCUGCUCUAAAAUAAAUAAAUACUUCAGUCUGUCCUUACCAUGUUUUUAACUCUAUGGGUUGUUCUACUAAUACUGUAAUGUAUGAAAAUGUAUAACAGUACAGUACAGUAAAGUAUAGUACAGUAUAACAGUCUGAGUGGUGCUAUCAUGUUAGCCAUUUAACUAAAUAUAUACAUUUUGUCUCUUUUUGUGAUCAGUUUCUUUAUUAUUGCUGAUAUAAGUAGCAAAUUAAAACCCACCAUUGUGACACAAUAAACAAACCUGCUUACUGUAGCUCAUAUAGCACUAGUUAGAUGCACACACGCACAAAAACCAUGUUAGAAAUGAUGAAUAACUAAAAUCAUGUAUCCAGACACCAGAUAUAAAAUAUAAUACAUACAAUUAAAACACUAUGUGCAAUAUUUUCAAAUUAAGACCAAAUGAGGGACGGAAACAAAUGAGCAAAGAUAAUAUUAAUAUGGCAGUACAGAAUUAGAAGCUGCUCAGGCCUGGUUCCUUGUAUCAUAACACUUUUUUUAUCUGUUUUUGGUAUCAUGUUAAACUAAGGAGGUAUAAUUAAAGAUGCACAGAUCUCAGCUGUCUGUCGUGAUGUAGUUACUGUUGUGUUAUCCGCCAUUGUUUUCCCUGUUGUUGUCAACCACAGAACGCUUUAAAUAGUGCUACUGUUCAAACUGUUUCUUCUCUGCUGAGGCGAUUUUAAUCUGUAACACCACAUCUCAAUCUGUCGAGCAGAAAUAACUCUCAUCUGCAACUAACGGAUAAGCAAGCGAGAUAGGCAUUCGUAAUUGAUGUUCUGUCAUCAGAAUAACAAGGUGCACAAAUGCUCAAGAGUAUUCAAGCUAUGUGAGAUAUUCAGAAGUUAAACACAGAGACAAAAAUGGAGCACUCUUGUUGUCAUACUUUGCUUUGAAGCCUUGUGUAUGUUUCUGUCUCUUUCCUUAUUUUUUUUUUCCAAUUAAAAUUUCAUUGUAUGAAUAA